CCUCCCCUCUAAUGGAUGUCAUAAAAAAUUCAGAUACAAAUUCGACUUUCGCAUCUUCGCUACUUAAUUAUAAUUUUCAAGCAUGCACGUGUAGGAGCUCAUAUAUAUCCACCUUUAUAUAAUGAUACAAAUCACUCCUUGAAAUUUUGUGGGGCAGCAAGCAAGCGCCCAAGUUAGAGAGAGAGAGAUGGCAGUGAACCAGAAGCCUCACGCAGUUUGCUUCCCAUACCCAGCACAAGGCCACAUUGGGCCAAUGCUAAAAUUGGCAAAGAUACUUCACCACAAAGGUUUCUAUAUAACCUUUGUCCACACAGAGUUCAACUAUGCUCGUCUUCUUAGAUCCAGAGGCCCCGACUCUCUCCGUGGCUUGCCCACCUUCCGUUUCGAAACCAUUCCCGAUGGACUCCCGCCACCGCAGAACCCCGACGCCACCCAAAACGUCACCGACCUCUGCAUCUCCACCACCGAAAACUGUUUGGUCCCAUUUCGCAAUCUUUGCCAUAGACUCAAUUCUAUGUCGGACGUACCCCCAGUGUCUUGCAUUGUCCCCGAUGGGACCAUGACCUUCGCGCUUCAAGUAGCUGAAGAAUUGGGAGUUCCUGGUGUGUUGUUCUGCACGAACAGCGCAUACUGCUUUUUGUGCUAUCUGCACUUUCCUGAACUCAUUCGACGAGGUUUCACACCACUUAAAGAUGCGAGUUACCUGACAAACGGAUAUUUAGACACCGUUAUUGAUUGGAUCCCCGGAAUCAAAAGUAUCCGCCUACGAGAUCUCCCGAGCCAUAUCCGGACAACCAACCCGAAUGACCGCAUGCUCGAAUUUGGUAACGGUGAAAUUUCAAAAACUCACAAAGCCUCCGCAAUCAUCUUGAACACAUUUAAUGCCUUGGAAAGCGAUGUUUUGGAGUCACUUUCGUCGAUUCUCAAACGUAUCUACACAAUUGGACCUCUUCAACUUCUUCUCGACCGGGUCACAGAUGAUGAUACAAAGACAAUCGGAUCCAACCUCUGGAAAGAAGAUCCAGGUUGUCUCGAUUGGCUCCAUUCACAAGAACCCGAAUCAGUGGUUUACAUAAACUUCGGGAGCAUAACAGUUGUGACACCCAAUCAGUUGUUUGAGUUUGCAUGGGGACUUGCUAACAGCAAGCAAAAGUUCUUGUGGAUCAUCCGACCCGAUCUUGUCACAGGUGACCCGCUAGUUCUGCCACCCGAGUUUUUGACAGAGACUAAAAACAGAGGUAUGAUAGCAAGCUGGUGUGACCAAGAACAAGUGCUGAAGCAUCCCUCCAUUGGAGGGUUUUUGACACACUGUGGGUGGAAUUCUACUAUUGAAAGCGUGAGUGCAGGAGUGCCGAUGAGCUGUUGGCCCUUCAUCGCGGAUCAGCAGACGAAUUGUAUGAAUAUUUGCAGGGAGUGGGGUGUUGGCAUUGAGAUUGAUAGUGAUGUGAAGAGAGAGAAAGUGGAGAGGGUAGUGAGAGAGCUAAUGGAGGGAGAGAAGGGUAAGGAGAUGAAGAAGAGGGUGAUGGAGUUGAAGAAGAAAGCUGAAGAGGCCACUAGUCCUAGCCAAGGCUCUUCUUUCUUGAAUUUGAACAAAAUGGUAGAGGAAGUGCUUCUGCUUCUGCCCCCUAACAAAGUAUCCCAGGCUUAAAUUUAGCAGCAAUAAUUAAUUAUGUGUUUGAUAAAUUUCCAUUUAAGUUUUAGUUCUUAUGUAACUUGUGAUAAAUUUCCAUUUAAGUUCCAGUUCUUAUGUAACUUGUAGUUGCAUGUUUAAUAUAUAUCCUCCUUUUGCCAGUUAACAAAAAUAAAAAACUAGAUACCUAAUAAGAAAUGAAA